AUGGCGCCGGGUAAGAGGAAGAGGGACCCCCUCGAAGGCUUCGAUCCAAACCAAUCAGAUCCCGAAGACGAGAACUUCGAUCCGUCCGAGGCCCGGCCAAGACGUCAAAAGAAGGCUCUCCGCGCAGCCCGCAAAGCCAGCGGCCGCACCCGCACGAACAGGUAUCGUGGCUCAGACAUCGACGAAGAUGACGAGGAACUCUCUGAUAGCAUUGGAGAAGACUCCUUCGGCGGAGCUGACUCUGAGGACGAAGACGACGAAGUUCCCGUUAAUGCCUCCGGUCGGCGCGCAAGGAAAGCUGCCGUCCAUCACCCAAGCUACAGGGAGGAGAGCGAGGAGGAUGAGGUUGUCAACGACUCCGUCGCCAACACGGAUGAAGAGGAACCUCCAAAGCCGAAGGUAAGGGGGAAGAUUGUUACCUUGAAGCUCAAUCAGGCCAGUCGACGAAGCGCAAAAGAGCCAUUGCCACCCGCGCCAUCGACCCGUCGAACUAGAGCAAAGACAGAGGAGGGCGAGGAGCUCGUCGAGCUCACGACAUCGGGGAGGCAUCAGCAGUCAGCUCGAGCCUCCUCGAGGAGCAAGAGCCCAGAGACCCUGAGCCGCGCCACUCGCAACACUCGUGCAGCAAAGGGUGUUAAAAAGCCGACCACAGAGCCCAUCGAGGAGGCGUCCCAUGAGACUAGUUUCCAGCCUCAAGAGGAACUGGUCGAGGAGCCCGCCGAACAGGCCGUGGAGGAGGCCGAUGCCGAUGCCGACGUGGUAGAGGACUCCGCUCCGGAGGCUGCAGCAAAUCAAGCCGAGGGUGAGGAUGUACCAACCCCCGUCCAAGGAGAUAUCGUGAUGGACGAGGCGGAUGGUACGGCACCACCAGAGCAAGUCGCAGAAGAAGACUCAGAUGACGUCCUGACCGGGCGUAGAAUGACUCGGUCCUCCCGCCAAGGCAACGCUCCUGCUGCGGAAGAUGGCGAUGAUGAGUCUGAUGUGCGCCCGCGGCGCGCAACUCGUUUGAGGAGGAAGGGAAGUGACCAGGGCAAGAAGAAUAGCCAGGAUCAAAGCAGUGACUUCGAGCCAGAGGAGUCCGCUGGUGAAGGCUCCGGGUCUGAAAAAGGCGCCAACGCCCACGAUGACGAUGAUGACGAUGGCGAGUAUUCUAGCUCGAGACCCUCGCGCGGGAGAAGCAAGGCAGCGGCCAGGAGCCAAAAGCGGGGCCGGGCCCGAGAGACGGACGACGAGAUUGAUCCCGACGAGUUGGCUGAGGAGGCAGAUGAUCUCCGCCGAACCUCUCGCUCCCAGACUCGUGCUGCCCGAAAUCGACGUCAAUCUACGCCGAUUGCUUAUGAGGUUCCCUCCAAGAGAAAACGUAACAAAGUGGAUUAUACGAUAAGGCCGUUCCAACAAAUGGACGUUGAACAGGAGGAGGAGGAACCAGCACCAGCAGCCGCCACACCAGGUCGCCGGAAGCGCGGCAACGGUGGGAGCUCAGAUCGGUACCUCAACACGACUUAUGGUCCGUUUGGUGGAGCCGGUGGCCUGGGCUCUCUGCUGGGAGGUCCCUGGGGCACCGGUGCUGCUGGAGGCGUUGACUCGGACAGCAGCGACGACGAGAUGGGUGCGAGAUAUGGUGUCCCCGGUGCUGUGGGUGUGACUCCUACGGCGACUGCCGGUCCCGGAUUACCACAAGGGGCGGCGGCUACCCACCUGGAGAACCUUGGACUCGGUGCGACCCCGAAUGUGGGCAAGGUCAAGAACCAGAAAGCACUUGCAGAUGCUGACCCGCUCGGGGUCGACAUGACCGUGGACUUCAACCAGGUUGGCGGUCUGGCGGGCCACAUAAACCAGCUCAAAGAGAUGGUGCAGCUGCCGUUGCUCUACCCUGAGGUCUUUCAACAAUUUCAUGUCACACCCCCAAGAGGUGUCCUGUUUCACGGACCGCCUGGUACGGGUAAAACUCUCCUCGCAAGAGCCCUUGCGAACUCGAUCGGUAGUGGCGGUCGGAAAAUCACGUUCUACAUGCGCAAGGGAGCCGACGCUCUCAGCAAGUGGGUGGGUGAGGCCGAAAAGCAGCUGCGGCUGCUAUUCGAGGAGGCCAGGAAGACACAACCAAGUAUCAUCUUCUUCGAUGAGAUUGACGGCCUGGCACCUGUUCGGUCUAGUAAGCAAGAACAGAUUCAUGCCUCAAUUGUGUCAACCUUGCUCGCCUUGAUGGACGGCAUGGAUGGUCGUGGUCAGGUCAUCGUCAUUGGUGCUACCAACCGACCGGACAAUAUUGAUCCUGCGCUCAGGAGACCGGGUCGGUUCGAUCGAGAGUUCUACUUCCCCCUGCCGGACGUGGAUGGCCGGAAGGCGAUUCUUGAUAUUCACACAAAGGAUUGGGGUCUCGCACCUGACUUCAAGCAUAGCCUGGCAGAGAAUACGAAGGGGUACGGUGGCGCUGAUCUCCGAGCACUCUGCACUGAAGCCGCUCUCAACGCCAUCCAGAGAACAUACCCUCAGAUAUACUCCUCUGAACAGAAACUUGUCGUGGACCCCAGCAAGAUCAGCAUACACGCGACAGACUUCAUGAUCUCGAUCAAGAAGAUGGUUCCCUCUUCUGAACGAUCUGCGUCAUCAGGCGCAGCACCUCUGCCAAAGGCCGUGGCACCUCUGCUCCGCGAACAAUUCGUGGCGAUCGAGGAAACCGUGAAGACGAUACUGCCGUUGAAGCCAAAGAUCACGGCCCUGGAAGAGGCGAUGUUCGAACCUUACGAAGAUUCUGAUCAUGGCUUUGGCCGAGAGAAUUUGCAACAAGACUUCGACCGCUCCCGGUUGUUCAGACCCAGGUUGCUGAUUGCUGGCCAGCCCGGCAUGGGCCAGAAUUACAUCGCGUCCGCCAUCUUGCACCAUUUUGAAAGAGUACAUGUACAGCGUUGCGACUUAGCGACGAUUCUUGGUGACGGGCGGCCCCCCGAGCAGGUCAUAACAGGAAUGUUCUCAGAGGUAAAACGCCACAAGCCAAGCGUGGUUUACAUACCUCAUGUAGACACAUGGUAUGCGACUCUGGGCGCUACGGCUCUCAAGGUCCUGACAACAAUGCUCAUGGACAUACCGCCGUACGAGCCUGUCCUGCUGUUUGGCACAGCAGAUUGUGAAUCGAGCGAGCUCGACCGGGACAUUUUGAGAGCUCUAUUCCCAUUCUCGAGGAAGAACAGGGUAGAAAUAGCCCGUCCUAAUAGUGACAAUCGCAUGGAGUUCUUCUCCAACAUGGCAAUGCAUGUCAAGAAGUCGCCUUCAGAGUUCCCUGAUCCGUCUACCAGGAAGAAAAGGGUACUCGAAGAACUACCUGUGGCUCCACCGCCGCCGCCGAAACCCAAAUCCAAGGCUGAAAUUAAGAGUGAGCUGAAGAGGGAUCGGCAACUGCUGAACCACCUAAAGAUGAGGCUGCAGCCGGUAAUGGACCAGCUGAAGAAGGGGAAAUACCGAGUGUUUUACAAGCCGAUAAUUCCGUAUGACAAGAUCAGGUACCUCUUCGAAGAGGCCGACCCCAAUUAUGUCAGCCCCGACGUGCCGCAGCACAGGCCGUACAUAAUCUCCAAGGACAGCCAUGGAACAGAUGGGCUGCUUGAAGUCGACACCGGGAAGUUCUACUACAACCUUGAGCUCAUCACAAUCGAAGAGCGACUUUCCAACGGAUACUAUGCCCGACCCAAGGAUUUCUACAGAGAUAUCAAGACACUUGUUCAUGAUUCGAAGAACGUGGGUGACAAGGACAAGAUCCUCAAGUCGAAUGAAAUGGAGAGCAACGUGGAUGUGGACAUGGGCGAAAUUGAAAAUGCCCUCGGCGGCCCAGGCCCUUGGGAGGCGCUGCACGAACGACAGCUUCGACGUGCUGCCGAAGCUGCCGAGAAGGCGAAAAAGAAGGCCGCGAUGCAAACUGCCAUAGGCAUGAUCGAAGACAGCGAGUCCCAGGUCGGCCCAAUAAGGAUCGGCGCGCCAGUGCCACCUGAGAGCACGACGAUGGCUCGGUUCAGGGUGAUGAGCCCCGAGGAACGUGACCAAGCCGGAGAUUCUCACAUGAGCAACGGCAACUCGGUACCCUCCCGUUUACCGGAGGAGGGCGGCGGUGAUGAGGCAACACAGCCAUUCUCGCAAAUGGGGCCACCACCUGUGGUGCAACAGCGCUCGAGCACAACUGUUUCAGUCAGAAAUGCUGCGGGAGAGACCCAGGUAUCUCAAGUAUCGCAGGUCUCGGCACUGACAUCGCUGCCUCAGGGUGUGUCGCCUUCUGCUGUGCUAAAUGAGGCUUCCACGACCAACGAUCCAUCGACGAACAAGUCGUCAAGCAACUGGAGCACUCAGGCGACGAAUGGAUUCCAUGGCGACGUGGAAAACACUUCGCAGUUGCCCGACACGCAGCCACCGGGGGACCACCAAUCUGGGCCGAGCCAGCAGACAGGCUCCAGCCACUCGCCUUGGAUGCACUCGCAAGCCGACGCCCUUGCGCACGGCAGGCUGAGGAACGUGGGUUACGGCGCAUCGAAUGUGCAGACCAGCCCGACUUCCUCCCAGGUCCCAACCGAUCGAAGGGCUUCUAGGAUCGGCCUCCCCAACCUUCUCAACGACCCCGUAUCCGUGUCUGACAACUCGUCAGUCCGCAAUUCGGGCGGAUCUUCGUCGUCGUCGCAGCACAUGCCGGUGGUGCACGACGGGCAGGUUCAACAGUUCCUGAACGACCUGACGGAGCGCACGUCGGGGUGCACGAUUGAGCAGCUGGAGCAGAUCAACCGCGAGCUGAUGGACCACAUCUGGCUGUCCAGGCAUGAGUGGAACCGUAUGAAGGUUCUCAACCAGCUGGUCAAGAUCUUCAAUGACACAAUCUCGGACAUUGAGGAGAUGCAGGGGGUGGGGCAGUCGAGCCAGGAGCUGAACGACGAGCGGGCUAGGGAGUACUACAGCGGCAGCAGCAGGCAUUGA